AUGCCGGCCUCCAACACCACCGCUCCGGGCAAUGCUUCCACGCAAAACCCGGGCGGCAGACCGUCCCUGAGACCCAGUGCUAGCACGAGAGUGUCGGAUGGAAGUCGGCGGCAGGCGGGCAGUCCGCUUGACGGCACACAAAGGCGUAGCAAUUCCCAGAAAGCGUGGACGUCUGGAACAAACCCCAUUACCCAGAGAUCUACCCACUCGCAGCAGAACGGAAGCCUAUCUCAAAAGCAAUCCCCCUCCCCGAGACCGACGCCCAAGGAAUCAAACACCCCCGAUAGCCAUGCACACGACCGUCUCGUUUUCCUCUUCACGAGCUUUAUUGGCUUGACCACUACGAUCACGACCGAACAUGAUGACCAGUUCACCGGAAUUUUCUCCUCUGUGUCUCUGGAACCCCACGAGUCCACGGUGAUUCUUAAGAUGCCAAUGUGUCCACAUCGGGAAGUGAUCGCGAAGUCUUCCAGUGCAUCGGCUGGAUUCAAGACUGAUGUGGACAUUUCGGGUAACCUCGCGAUCCGCGAGCGGACCUUGAAACGCUGGGAGCCAUCAGCUGAUACUGAUGUGGACCUGUCACUGGAAAGCUCGGACACCACGGGAUGGGACCAAUUCGAGGCCAACGCGCGGUUGUUCGGUGCUACGAGUAGCUACGACGAGAACAUCUAUACCACCCGGAUCGACCGCUCGGAUCCGACAUACAAGCAGAAGGAGGCCGAAGCAGCACGGAUUGCUCGCGAAAUUGAGGGCACUGAGGUGGAUAAUGCUCAUGUGAUGGAAGAGAGAGGCCUGGUUGCAACAGGCGACGGAGACGAGGAAGACAAGUACAGUGGUGUCCGUCGCGAUGAGAAGAACUUCCCACCCCUCAUCUCGGGCCAACCGAACAAGUACACGCCGCCCGCGCGUCGUCAAGCUGCGGCCCAGGCAGCAGCAACUGCCGCCGGAGCCGCUGCUACCACCAAACCGACACCAACCCCCUCUACUGCGCCGGCGAAAGAAGCCCCUCCCUCGCAGCCCCAGCCCCCGACGACAUCAUCAGCGACACCCGCCGAGUCGGAAUCGAAACCCGCGCCUGCCAAGGCUUUGGUGCCCCCUGCUGCAGCCCCCAAGCGGACGGGAACGGAGAAUGCCUCCGCCAACGUGGAAACGGAAGUAUUGGAUCACUUCCGCCAGUUUGCCAACAGUGAGAAAGCGAAGUUACAGGAACGUCGUCGUAACCAAGCCUCCUAUGAUCGGACCAUCAAACUAAACGAACUGAUGAAGUUCUCUCAGAACUUCAAGCUCGGUACCCCCGUCCCUAAGGACCUUGUCCCAAUUCUGGCCAAGGAUCCUCAUAAGCAAGAAGAGAUCAUCCAGCGCGCUCAAAAACAGGCCGAUGAGAAGUCUUCCACCAAGAGCACCCCACCGACCACCGAACAAAAGCCGGUAACUCGCCCAUCUGGACCUGCCCGUCAUGACAGUGGCAACAUGCCAACGAGUGCUGGCCCUGAUCGUUCCAACUACGCUCGAGGCCGACAGAUGUAUCCUCCCACUGGCCCCCACGCCGGACCUAGUGGACGCGUUGCACAUCAAACGAUGCACCCCGGCCGCCAAGCUACGGGUAUGCUUGGUCACCGUCUGGCUGAUAAUAUCCAGCAGCGAAAAGGAGCGGCUAUGGGAGCUGUCCCACCGCCCUUGCCAAUCCACGAUGCUCGCGCGCCUCCAACCGGCCCUGCUGGCGACCAGUCGGGUAUUACCAGCCCGAACAAAGCGCAGACACCGACAUCUGCUGCCUCCAGCAAGUUCAACGUGAGAGCGAUGGAAUUCAAGCCCAACCCCGCCGCAAGCACCUUCACGCCAGGUGCUUCAUCCAAUUCCUCCCCGUUUGUCCGAGGUCGGUCCGUCUCCCGUGCAACCAGUCCGUCUGCCUUCUUUGGUGGCAAGAAGCCGAAGCCUGCUACUGAGCGGCCGUCGCUCAACGAUCUGUUCAAUCCGAUCAAGCGCAUGAAGAAGGAGAGCGCAGGAAAUUCUGAAAACAAUUACGCUUUCAACGGAGGAAUCCCGCCGGCUUUCAAGACCCCUCCUACCUGGGAUGUUCCAAGUGGCAAUGAAGAGAAAACUUACCAGCAGAUGGUCAAACUGCCCGCUCCAAACCGUUCGGCAUCCAACCCACAAGGACCUAACCAGUCGCAGAUGCCUUUCCAAUUCGCCCAGUCCACUCCGGGAAUGGGUCCAGCGUCUGGGCCCCCUCACGCGCCUCACCUGCCUCCCCAACAACAUCACGCCUCGGGCCCUCAUUUGGAUGAUCCACACCGCAUGCAGAUGUCCGCGUCGACCUCCCAGAUCUUCCCGUCACCAAGGCUUCAAACUGGCUACCCAUCGCCGAUGGCACCACCACCCGCGCAGCUUGCAUUUGGACAAACCAUGCCACAGUUCUAUGUGAACCCGAACGCCCCACAGCCUGGUCAUAUGCGGCAUUAUCCUGGCGCACCCCAGUUUGUGAACCCGCAAGCCACGAUGGGUGCACCGAUGAUGGUGCAGCAUCCCUCCAGUGGGCCGUACAUGGGAGUUCCUCAGGGUAUGGCCCCCUAUACGCCGCAGAUGCAGAUGUAUUCACCAAACCCUGGGCAUGCCUACCCCCAACCUGCACCGCCACAACCUCAUAGCGGAUAUCCGAGCCCUAGCCGUGGAGCUCCCAUGAUGAUGCAUCAAAACUCCCAACCUGGUCAGCUUCCCCAGCCGGUGAUGUUCGUUCCCCCCGGCCAGCAUGGCCAACCUGUCUAUGGCUCCCAGCAGCCAGGCCACAUGCCCCCCGUCCGCGGUAACUACCAGCAGCCGCAUUUCCAGUCUAGUCCCCACCAGGUUCAUUAUCCCCCGCAUCAGCAUCGGACUCCUAGCAGUGGUUACAACCAGUUGCCUCAGAUGCCUCCGCAGGGUCCUGCCCAAUCUCAGCCUAGCGUCACCACAGGUCCCCAAACCUCCGAAGCCACCGAAGAGACCAAAUGA